AUGGACUUUUACAAAACUGCAGCAUUUGCAACUCCCUAUGCGGAGAACGACCACCCUAUAUUGGUCGCGUUAAACGAGUAUCUUUACGUGAAGUACAGUGUGGACUCCAGCCCCAACGUGGUGAUCAUGGCCGAAAACUGCAAAGCCACAAGAGAUGGAAGUUUAUACUCCUGGCCUUAUUAUACCAUUAUACAGAAUGGGUGAGUAUAACAUAUAUGUCUAGGAUUUGGGUCACAAGUCUUCCCUCAUCUUCCACAGGGGAAGUUGAGCGAGCGAAAUACGUGAGCGCUUGUGAAAAUUGCCACACGCGGGAGAAGCGAGACGCGUUGCACCUGCCUUGCGGUUGGUGAUUUUCACGCGCUCUCGCAUAUUUCGCUCGCUCUUAUCCUCACUAAGGAAGUACCUGUGGUCUAUUUCCGUAUCGUCUUCGUGUUGAUCCUUAAGCACGAUUUACGUCGUUUUUCCAAGUAUCUGAUCCUCCAUGAUUGCGGGCUUCAUUUUCCGCAACAGCGACUGGAAAUCGAGCCUCCUUAAUCCUUUACGGGGCUCAGAAGUUUGAUAUCGUCAUGAUCAUUCGCAACUGCUAUAGUAACAUAAAUUGUACUUCUGCGCUGAACUCGACGAGCCUUUGCGACGGAGUUAAUCUUCAUCCUUGAGUAGAGUUUAUACUCUUGAUGGGGGAUAAGAUUGGGAGGAGGAGAGCCCAGAAAAAUCCAUAGCAUUAAAACUAAAAUACGUUUAUUUUUAAUUUACAUUUUACACUAUUUGCGAGCAAGAUACAACUAUGGAGUACACGUAUAAUCCAUCAGCGAGCUCCCAGCAGCUUAAAAUUAGAUCGUUCAGGUUCUUCAACGACUAUGACGUUGUUUACUUUCACUGCGAGUUGUUGGCUUUUUACAGAGGCAGUUCUAAUUCCAGGUAAGUCUAUUGUAAACCCUUCAUGUUAUACCGAAGAAGAGGCAGUUCUAAAACCGCGGAAAACCGAAUAAAACUCUACUGUAAUUCCAUUCUCGUUUUGUAUUGCAAUGUUCUGGCUGUAUUUAGCAUCUUAAAGGUCAUAAGCUUGGUAAACAGGCAACUGUAAUGACAAGGCCGUUAUUACCUAGAAGUUAUAAAAAAAAGAACGAACGAACAUAUCUUGAAAAGACAGGAUCUCCACUCUCUAAAGGACGGAUAGUUUGGGGGUAGCAAAAUUUUGAGGGUUUAUGGCAGAUGUACAAGUGGCGAGUAUGCAUAGAUGUGACUGAAGCUGAAAAAAGAAUUCGAUGAUUUUUAAACCGAAGGUUUUGUUUAUAGAUGCAGCAGGGGUUGUUUGAGCAGCAAAAGAAGAAAGAGACGAGGCGCAGUUGAGGACGAAAUAGAACAUGAAGAAAGUACAAGCACACAUAUUCUCUCCAGCGACCCAAUAAUGAUCAAGGAGACGGAGACGGAGACGGAAAAAUGUGAUGAAGAAGGUAUUACGUAUAGACCACUUAAUAUGUUGAGAGUAGUUUUACUGAGUUUGACCGCAAAUUCCAUGCAAUUUUCCCAUUAGCCCACUUUAUUGUUGUAGCUGGAACCUAGGCUAGAGUUGACAGUCAGGAGUGCCUUUUUGCGAUCAUUAUACGUUUCUGGGAAUCUGCCCACAUACCGCCUCCUCUAAACCAACAUUUUGCCCUUAGGGAGAAUUAAGUAAGUGUUGAUAGGGCCAUUUAUACGAGGAAAAAUAAGACGCGUCUUAAAUAAGACGCGAACUGUACCAUUUAUACGAGCAUGUCUUAUCUAAGACGAGAACAGCUCGUAGGAAUGGUGCGCGUCUUAUUUCUGUUCUUGACUCGUUUUCAUGUGAAUGUUGCCCUUAGCAACGGCAAUCCAACGUGGCGCGCCAAAAAUUAACGCAUGCGUACUAUACGUUCGCCUCUUAUGUGAGACGCGAAGGUCAUUUAUACGAAGUUUUUCUCGUCUUAGCUAAGACGCUUCUUAUUUAAGAACAGGUGUUAAGGGCUGUUCUAAAAUAAGACCCGUCUUAGCUAAGCCGCGUCUUAUUUAAGACGAAAUGUGCCGUUUAUACGGAAAGUUCGCUUCUUAUUUAAGACGCGUCCUAUGUAAGACGUGUCUUAUUUUUCCUCGUAUAAAUGGCCCUAAUGUUGGUGUAGGGGAGGGGUAGGUGGGUAGUUUCCCAAAAACGUAUAUAGAUCCUAAAUUUACAUAGCUGCUGGUCACCUGGGCCCAGUUCUUCGAAUGACGAUCAGCGCUUAACCUAGGAUUAAAUUUAACCCGGGUUUCUUUUUCUUUCGUUCUACAUUUUCUCGGACAAUUUUCUCUGUUAUGUUUAAGAGCAUCCAAUCUAGACUUGCCGACAAAAAGAAUUAAACUGAAUUGACUUUUUAAGCCUUAAUAUCUGAAUUCAAAUUUGGCACCGAUGUUAUCUUAACCAGCGUUGAACAAUCCGGCCAUGAUAAAAACACUCUAUAGUUUUUCUUUUUCUUUCAUAUUGGUUUUAGACUUAUCUAAUAAUCGAAGUCUAUGGUUCCUUUGGGGUAGAUACUGGAAAAAUCCAACAAACUGCUUUGAUUGGUGGUGCAGCGGCCGCGUGAGGACUGGUCCUGAUUGCUAUCAUAGCCUUGGCUGUUUUAGCUGUUAAGUACCGCAUUGCACGAAGAUUCAUGAACAGGAACAAGGUCGGGGACUUGUACGCUACCCAAGAUGAACAGAUGAGUCGACAAAAUGCCUACAUCCAAGAAGAUGACAUGAUCGAAAAGGAAGACUCCUUUUAA